AUGCAACUGCCAAAAUUCAGAACCAACUUUAUCUGUCUCACUUUCUUGUUUCCCGGUGAAAGCGACGUGUACGACUCUAUCAAGUCCAUUUCUCCUCGGGAUAUUGCCACGGUAGGACUACCUCCACUUCAAGAAAAGGCCCCCAUCAAUCUCAAAUACCGACCAUUGGUAGAGGUCGAUAUCCGAACAGAGGAACAGAGCAUAGGAUUCUCAUGUGUGAAUAAAGAGUUAUGGUGUAAUGAUAAGGGGGACAAUGCUCAAGGAGACAAGCUCGCGCCGAGGAGGAUACCAGACGAACUUUUCCGUCUUAGCAAGAGGGACUACGGUCACUGUUGA